AUGGUUAAGUCUUCUUUCUUUGGGGAGACAAGCAAGACGUUGUGCGAGACAUGGUUCAACCUCCCAUACAAUGAUAAGAAGGUAAGGUGGAGGUUUUAUGUUAAUUUUGUUUGGAAAGUUGUGGAGUUAGCAAUGUCUUGUGUCUCUCGUUCUUCCAACAAAAGGCCAACCAUGAAUUCUGUGGUGAAAGAAUUGAAAGAGUGCUUGGAUAUAGAGUCAGUUGACAAUGACAAAGAAUCAAAGGAUUCAAUUGGGGUGAUACAAAUGAUUAUGGAGAAUAGACUUGGUCUCUGGGCAAGGUAG